UAAUCUACAGUUUUUUUAUAGUAUUUGUUCUGUUAUCACAUGGUUUGCGUGAAAUAAUUUUAUUAUGUUAUUUUAAGUCAUAUUUUCGUAAAAUUAUUUUUACAGUAACCUUAGACCUUUACUUGGCUAUUAUGAUUUAUUCGUGUGUCUUAACUCUAACUCUUGUGUACUAGUUUCAAAGCGCUCACACCUGCGAUUACAAUCAUUUGCAUUGCUGUGUUGGAUUUCGUAUUGGAUUUGUCUCAAGAUGGCUGAAGCUCAUUCUGCAGUGGCAUUUUCAUUUGCUAUCACUCAUGAUGGCUGGGAUGUCAAUUUUGAUAGAGAGGUUCUAUAUUUGGUCUGGGAGUCAGGUAUCAGAUCCUGGAAGAAGCGCUUAGCAAGAUUCAGGAAUAGCAUUCACAAUGGUGUGUAUCCAGGACAUCUCCAGUCCUUGUAUGUUCUGUGGACAUUACUAGUAGUGACACAUUUUGCUGGCUUCGAUAUACCGUUUGGACUUGUACAAAAGGCUUUAUCAAUUUUACCUGGCAACUCAACAAUGUGGCAAAUUAUCGCAUGUCUGUUGGCAGCCCUGACAAUGUGGUUAUCAGUUAUAUUUCUAAUGCGCUAUUUACUUAAACUACUGCUUAUGUACAAGGGCUGGAUGUACGAAUCGCGAGCUCCUGGCAAGCGGGUGUCCGUCAAGACAAUGCUGUGGAUAUCCGUAGUGAAGGUGCUGUCGGGGUGGAACAAGCCCAAGUUGUACAGCUUCCAAGGUUCGCUGCCGAGGCUGCCCUUGCCCUCGGUCAAGGACACAAUGACAAGGUAUCUAUUGAGCGUACGUCCACUUCUUGACAACGGUGACGGAAAGUACCGCCGAGUUGAGCAGCUGGCCAAGGAGUUCGAGACCGGCAUUGCGGUCAAACUGCAGAGAUACCUGGUGCUCAAGUCCUGGUGGUCCAGUAACUACGUGUCAGACUGGUGGGAGGAGUACGUGUACCUCCGCGGUCGCUCGCCGCUCAUGGUCAACUCCAACUUCUACGGCACCGACACGCUGCUGCGACCCACCAACGUGCAGGCGGCUCGCGCCGGCACCGUGCUGCACUUCUGUCUGCAGUUCCGCCGGCUCAUCGAGCGCCAGGAGCUGGAACCGCGGAUGCUUCAGAACAUGGUGCCGCUGUGCUCGUGGCAGUACGAGCGGCUGUUCAACACGGUGCGUGUGCCCGGCGUGGAGACCGACAAGAUCGUGCACUACCAGGACUCCACGCACGUGGCGGUCUACCACCGCGGGAAGUACUACAAGGUGGUGGUGUACAGCCGCGGCCGGCUGCUGUCACCGCCCGAGAUACAGUAUCAGAUCCAGUCGAUCCUUGAUGACAAAAAGAGCAAGCCGUACCCGUGCGAGGAACGCUUGGCGGCGCUGACAGCGGGCGAACGCACGCACUGGGCGCGCGUGCGACAGCUGUUCUUCAACCGUGGACACAACCGCACCUCGCUGCACUGCAUCGAGCGAGCCGCCUUCAUGGUCUGUCUGGAUGACGUCGACUACGGGUUUGACGAGGAGAGACCAGAGAAGCUAGUGGACUACGGCCAUAUUCUGCUGCACGGCAACGGCCACGACCGCUGGUUCGACAAGUCCUUCAAUCUCUGCUUUAGCACAUCGGGUGCGGUGGGCUUCAACACAGAGCACACUUGGGCCGACGCACCGGUGAUGGGUCACCUGUGGGAGUAUGUCGUCCUCUCCGAGCUACAAUACGGGUACCUACCGGACGGGAAUGCGCGUGGAGAGGUGCAGUGUGCGCCGCCGCCGCCUGUGAGGUUGCAGUGGGACCUGGCCGCGGAGGAGGUCGCCGUCGCCAUCGACACCUCCUUCAACACGGCCCAGAAGCUGCUCAACGACGUCGACCUGGACAUACUCAUGUUCACCCACUACGGGAAAGGGUUCAUGAAGAGUGCGCGCGUGUCGCCGGACGCGUUCAUCCAGAUGGUGCUGCAGCUGUCGUACUUCCGCGACGCGGGCCACUUCUGCCUCACGUACGAGGCGUCCAUGACGCGGCUGUACCGCGAGGGCCGCACCGAGACCGUGCGCUCGUGCACGCUCGAGAGCUGCGCCUGGGUGCGCGCUAUGGAGGACCCCGCGGCCAGGGUGGAGGAUCGUUGGCACAAGUUCUUAAAGGCGACGCAGAGGCACCAGCUCGGGAUCCAGGACGCCAUGGCGGGCCGCGGUAUCGACCGCCAUCUCUUCUGUCUCUACGUAGUUGCCAAGUACCUAGAGCUGGACUCGCCCUUCCUGCAGGAGGUGUUCAACGAGCCCUGGAGACUCUCCACCAGUCAAACCCCAUACGGACAAACGAGUAUGAUGGACCUGAAGAAAUAUCCCAAGUGCGUGGGGGCCGGUGGUGGAUUCGGCCCCGUGGCUGACGACGGCUACGGAGUGUCCUACAUCAUCGUCGGCGAGGAUAUGCUGUUCUUCCACGUCUCCAGCAAAAAGAGCUGCCCUGUUACGAGCUCAACGAACUUUACAAAACAGAUUGAGAGGUCCCUCAAAGAUGUUCAAACGCUGUUCAUCGAGUACAAGAAAAUAAACAAUGGUGUCUCAAAUUCUAAAUGAUAUUUUAAUAUUUUUUAUAAAUGAUAGUUUAAUGUUGGGUAACGCGACUCGGUCGCACUUUGUCAAUACUUACACUUACCACUAGUAUUUACCGGACGGCCUUGUCAUUACUACACUUACCACUAGUGUUUACCGGACGGACUUGUCAUUACUACACUUACCACUAGUGUUUACCGAACGGCCUUGUCAUUACUACACUUACCAAUAGUGUUUACCGAACGGACUUGUCAUUACUACACUUACCAAUAGUGUUUACCGAACGGACUUGUCAUUAUUUACACUUACCACUAGUAUUUACCGAACGGACUUCCUCUCUCGUGUGUGUAACGGUGACUCCGUCGCCAGCGUCCAGAGAGUGAUGAAGUAGAACUACACGAUACUAAUCUGGGUCGUUGUAGCCAUAGAACAAUUAUAGGAAAAAUUUAUUGUGAUAACCAAUGAUAUUAGAAUAUAGUGUUCGCGAACCACAUUGGCACAUGAGCAUGAUGUACAAGCGAUACCCACGAAUACGAAGCCAGCUCGUAUUUGUCUCUUUCAAAGUUUGUGUAAACUAUUGUUGGUACACUCGGACGGAGUUUACUGAUAUAACUACAUAUAACUACUGUGACACAUAUAUUAUUGUAAUGCAUUAUUAAAAAAACGAUUGGCGCCAUGUCACAAAAAGUAGAGUAAACUAUUACAAGUUUGACUAUAAUCGGAAUUGUUUUCUUCAUUGGGUUUUUGUUUUCUGAUUUUUAGUUGUUUUUUGCAGCAUUUACUAAAUUAAAAAUAAUAUCUUCACCAAGUUCUAUAAUAUCUAUUUGCGGCACAUAGAUAAUCACGUCCUAAAUUCUUUUUGCGUGUUCAUAUUUUUCAUUUACAAUCAUUAUGAUAAUUAUAUUGUUUGGAGAUAAAUAAGUGAACUCAUAUACCGUGCAACUUGUAUGACUGCACUCCGCCUGAGAGUAAUCUGAUAGUGAAAAGCUCGCUUUACCAUAUAUGUGUAUCGUAUAAUUGAUGUUGUCAUUAUAUUCGUAUAAAUUGAGUUCCGGGUCGCGUUACCGAUUAUUAUCAAUAGUAAAUCUAAAUAAUUUAAAGUUAUUUUAUUUAAUGAUAAGUAUAAGUAGUUCAAUGGGAUCCAAGGUUAUUUAGCAAAUGAGAGCGUUCAUAUCAGAGUCAUAUCAUAAAGGUGGUGGUGACGCCAGAUGAGAUUGAACGUUAUCUUAUUAAGUACCGUAGUAUUGCCCCGCUCCGCCCGGGAGUCUUGAUCGCAAUAUCAUCACAUAUUUAUUUAUACUAAUUUACAAAUAGCUAGGAACAAUUAUUAUAUACUUUUCGAAUUAUUGUACAAGUAAUAAAAUUAUUCAAUGUUUUUAUAUAAUAUAGUAAAGACAACAGGAAUUGUGAGAAUAUAUAGUUCAAUAUAGGGAGUUAUAGAUAAAUAUAGGUUAAGUUAAAGGAAUUGAUUAGUUGAGAUUUGAGGUUUGGCAGAUCGCGACUCACACUGAUUACCGAGUAGGUGCAAACGUGUUAAAGAUGUAUCGCUGUGUGUCGAGAUAGGCAAUAUAUUUGAACCAGCUGACAUUCAACAAGAAUUAUCUUAUUAUCAAAACUAUUUUUAUAUAAUCAACUCUUCUUUGAAUCUCGCUUUUAUCUGGCGACCCUAUUGUAUGGUACAAUUAUCAAGAUAUUCUAUAAAUACAAAUGUAUGCUGGCGCUGGGAGAUAACACCUCCAACUAGAAUUUGUACUUUCUACUGAAGUUGUACUCAAUAGAGUCACACCACACCAUCUCAAUGUGAUAUAAGCCAUUUCAGUGCAGUAAGUAACAAUAAAAUAUAUCUAACAGGCUUAUAUGUAAUAAAUUGGUAACAUUUUAACAGUCAACAAUUUAAUAAAUUGGUGAACUUACAGUCACAACUUACAACAUUUUUGUUUACUGAAUUGUGGCAUAGCAAGCUCAUAACAGUUUCAGCGAAUAUUUAAAAAAACAACACCUGUCUUAAUGUGGAUACUCUUGGACGCUAUCGCAGUUCUGUUAUGCCUACAUUAGUUAUUAGCUCUUCAUGGUUCGACACUCAGCACUAACCAGGUGUGAACCAAAUUGUAAAUGGGUUUGCUUGUAGUUUUGUUUAUUUAUAUCUAUUGUUUAAUAAGUUUACAUGCUUGCUGCUUCCUUUAUAAAUUGACAGACAUUGACACAGUCGGUGACGUUCAAUGUAAUAUUUUACUUACUAUUAUAUGUUGUUAUUUAAACUCUGUGAAACCAUUUAUAUUGUCACUGUCGUUCUUUGUUUGUUAUUUGUAGUUUAUUUGCAUAUAUUUGAAGAACAAUAAACGUAUUAAUGAUAUUA